AUGUCCACCGAACAAGUUCCCGUUUCAAACGACGCCUCUCAGGCACCAAUCAACCCUCUAGCAGCCCAUCCCGUCAACCCUCAAGAUGCCCAGGGACGACAGCCCGCCUCCUCCGCCGCCGCCUCCUCCGAACUCGCCAGUGGGAAGAUGAAGCUCAAGGGCGCUCUGCGUCACUUUGCUGACUUCCCCAUCAAGGGCAUCGACUUUGUCGACAUCAUGCCCCUCUUCCUCGACCCCACUGUCCACCAGGCUCUCGGCGAGGUCCUCGAAUUGCAGGUCAAGGAGGGUUUCGCAACCCUCCCCGAUGUCAUUGUCGGCCUUGAUGCCCGCGGUUUCCUCUUCGGUCCCGGCAUGGCCCUCCGUCUCGGUACCGGCUUCGCCCCGGUGCGCAAGCAGGGCAAGCUGCCCGGCCCGUGCGUUACCGCCGAGUACAUGAAGGAGUACGGCUCCGACUUCUUCCAGAUGCAGGAGGACGCUAUCAAGCCCGGCCAGAAGGUCCUGAUUGUUGACGACAUCAUUGCUACCGGCGGCUCCGCAAAGGCGGCGGCAGACCUCGUCAAGAAGCUCGGCGGCGACAUCAUCGGCUACCUCUUCAUCCUCGAGAUCCCCGGCUUGAACGGCCGCGAGAAGCUGGGCGACACCAAGACCGUCAUCCUCCUCGAAGACGCAUAA